AUGUGUUUAUUUCUUCUUCAAUCUUUAAAGCUUAUUACAUGUGAUGAAAAGGAUCUAGCCUCUUUCACAAGUCCAGAUACAAGAGAGAGCUUUUCAGAUAUCCUUUAUGCAUCUGGAUUUCCUUAUUUGGAAAUCACUGCUGACAACAGGUCUCUGGCUUAUGAAUGCUUUCUCCAGUACGAGGUCAUCAUGAAGCGCAUUCCAGCUCUGGAAGAUAUAAGGAAAGGAUUGGCCAGUGUGCGAGUGAAGGGAAUUACUUUGUUGGAUCUCUUGCGAACUCACCCUAACCUAACUGGACAUGUGUUCCCUCAGUACAACAACAUAGACCCUAGAAUGUUCCGGCUGGCUAUGGAGUUUGAUGAAACUAAUGUGGAUGAUGAAAAGGAGGCUCGGGUGUUCUUGGAGAAAUACAUAGAUGAUGUGGCUUCAAGAGGUAUGUUAUCUUAUAAUCUGUCCUUAGAUCAUUUUUUAUAUGCCUGUGCCACACAAUGCAUGUCCCCUCUGCUACACAAGUAACUAUUUCUUUAAAUAAAUUAUACCAUAUUCCAUAGUCUUUGAACAUUAUUGCAGAUAGCUGCUGCAUUCUUCGUUUAAAUUGAAGCCCUUUGCAGCUUACAAUUAUCUUACUUCAAUAAAAUUAAUGAUAACAUUGAUUCUGGUAAUUGAUACUUUGUCAGCUAGCAGCAAUACCAGUAUUACAAGUAACUUUUUCUUCGACCAAAACUUUGACCUAUCGCAUAUGGGCAUUUUUUUAUCCUAAGACGAGCUUCACAAAGGUGUGUCAGAAACCUACAGUGGUAGCAACAUGCAAUUACUGAAAACCAUUAAAAUAUAAUAAGAAAUAGUAGAUCUUCCAGUAAUACAAGGCUCAAAGAAUGAGAAUGUUUCUUUAAGAAUUUAUAAUUAAUUUAACAUGUUUUAGAGAGUAGAAUAAGACUGUGUACCCACAGCUCAAUGUAUGACUUGUGUUAUUCUUUGUAUGGUUUUAUUUCCUCAGAAGAAGAUUCAGAACAAGAAACCCUCAAGGACCUGUUACAGUUCUGGACUGGUUAUCCACAGUUGCCUCGUGACACCUUAUGUAAACUGUGGGUGAAGUACUGUCCUCAGCAACCUUCCAAGGUCUUGGCUGAAGCAGACACCUGUACACUCACCUUACGGAUUCCUACCACUCAUCAACAGUAUGAGGAUUUCAAAAGGUUCAUGGACUGUAGUAUUGCUCAUGGAAAGGUUGGCUUUGGAAGAAUGUGA